ACCAUCUCGGGGGCGUGGGGGAAAAGGGGGCGGUGCUUCGCCAGCCCAAAGCGAGGAGAACAACAACAGAACCGCGCCGGCGUGCUUGCCUCUCUCUUUCCCCCCCCCCUUUUUAGCUGAGGGGGCUCCUCGGUUCCUCUGUGAGGAAGGAGGGGGCGGACGGGGCGCGAUGAAGCUCCGGGUACGCGUGCAGAAGCAAACGGCGGCGCUGGAGUUGCGGGAGGCGGAGCCGACUUUGGGGGACCUGCGCGCGCACCUUGGUCAGACCCUCUUGCCUGGUUGGGGCUACAGUUCUGAUUCCAAGUUUGCAAUAACCUUGAACAACAAAGACUUUCUUGUUGGAGAUCAAGAAACCCUAGCAUCGUUUGGGAUUGUCUCAGGAGACUUGAUACAUUUGGUAUUGGAAGAUGCUGAUGCAGCACGGAGAUUAUGCUCACCUUGCUCAUCUACUCAGCCACAGAAUAAUCAUGAAACAUCAACUUCAGCUGCAUAUCAGAGUCAAUCCAGGAAUCCAGAUAAUGGAACACACAAUGGACACAUAAUAGACCAUACAGUCCAAGGUGAUGUUCAGAUGAGUGACAGUACGGCAGGAUCCAGCCAAGAGUUUGCUUCAGAGACUGACCUUCAAGAAGCUGUGGGUUCUUACCCUUCGGAGCCAAUGCUUUGCUGUGAAGCUACAGAUGGGCAGGUGCCACACUCGCUUGAGACGCUUUACCACUCUGCAGAGUGUGCCAGUGCCAGUGAUGCUUUGAUAGUUGUUAUCCACCUUAUCAUGAUGGAGACUGGAUAUGUACCUCAAGGUACAGAAGCCAAGUCAACUUUAAUGCCUGAGAAGUGGAGGAACAAAGGAAUUUAUAAGCUGCAAUAUACACAUCCCCUCUGUGAAAAUGGCUUUGCUGCCCUUACAUGUGUGCCUUUGGGGGACCUUAUUGUUGUCAAUGCAAUGUUAAAAAUCGUUGGUGAUAUCAAAAGUGUGAAGAGGCUGCAGCUUCUGCCAGCAUCUUUCAUUUCCUUUCAGAAUUCAGCAAAUGUUACAGAAGUGUAUAAGGACCUUCAGAAGCUAUCUCGCCUCUUUAAAGAUCGGCUGGUGUACCCUCUUCUGGCUGCUGCCCGGCAAGCUUUGAACUUACCAGAUGUGUUUGGCCUUGUGGUCCUUCCACUGGAGCUGAAACUCCGGGUUUUACGUCUCCUGGAUGUCCGCUCGCUCCUCUCUUUGUCUGCCGUUUGUCGUGACCUGUACACUGCCUCAAAUGACCAACUUUUGUGGAGAUUCAUAUACCUGCGAGAUUUUAGAGAUCCUGUUGCCAGGUCUCGAGACACAGAUUGGAAGGAGCUGUACAAGAAAAAAUGGAAGCAGAAGAAGGAUGCUCUGAAGUGGAGGCACAUGAUGUUUCUGCCUCCUCCUCCUCUCCCCAUACCUCUUCAUCCCAGCCCACUGUAUCCCAAUCCUUUUCCUCCUGACCCUCUUUAUCCCCCAGUGAUCAUUGGUGGUGAAUUUGAGGAAAGGCCAAUGCCUCCAUACAUUGGCGAUCCAAUCCAUUCCCUCUUUCCAGCCUCCAUAGAACUUCCCAGUCAGUAUCCUCCUCAUGGGCCACACUUUGACCCUUUUGUACCAUUUCAGGAUCCCAAUCCCACACUUCCAGGAAGAGCCACCCGAGGCCGCCCAAUUGAUAGUCGCCGUGCUUUCAUAUGAUGACUCCUUUGGCCUUGCUUUUAAUGUUUUAAACAUCUCUGUUCCUGACUUGCUUUUAAGCUAUAGGAUACUUCAACUACAGGGCUGUGAUGUCGGCCUGUUUUAAAUAUGCCAGUGCAUAUGAACCAUGGCAUCUUCAUUCCAUGGACUUCAGCCCGGCAAGCAGUGCCAACAACCAGUACUGCCUUCCUUUGAAUCUGGAGAUCUUUUCUGAAAGAACUUUGUGGGAUGGUUUAUUCUUUUCAUUUUCCCCUCUGUGGAUUGCUUCUUAAAAAGCAAAAGAUAGUUGGCCCUGAUUCCAGCAAAUAAAAAGCACUUUAAACACUAA